GAUCCUGUAUGUUUAAUUAAAAUGACUGUUGCACCCCUGUUCAGAAAACCAGUUUGAUUUGUCGUUUAUUACUAUUGCGAUUUUUUUAUUUGUUUUUAAAGGCUAAUUUCGUAGUUUAAAGAAAAUGCAGGUCGCUAACUGUAAACUACUGCAUCUUGUUCACCUUCCCCCACUCUUUCACUUAUUCUUCACACGCUUCCUCUGCAGCCUGAGAUGUGAGAGAGAAUUAUAGCAAACUAGAGAGAGGAAAUUCCCUAGAAAGCGAAAUAUAAAAAAUAGAAAAAUAGCCACAAAUAAAGCAAACAACAAAUGAACAGCUGUGAGCUGUGCAAGUCGAGGGCGAGAACAUACUGCGAAUCUGAUCAGGCGAGCCUUUGCUGGGAGUGCGAUGCCAAGGUCCAUGCAGCCAACUUUCUAGUUGCUAGACACUCUAGAACCCUCUUAUGUCAUAUAUGCGACUCUCUUACUCCUUGGAAAGCCUCCGGUUUAAAGCUCGGUCACACCGUUUCCGUCUGCGCGACUUGCCUCAACAGACAACAACAGUACGAAGGACAGAGGCACGAAGAACUAACUGACGACGACCAAGAGGAUGGCGAAGAGGACGCUGAGGUGGAGGAGGGAGAAAAUCAGGUGGUGCCGUUGUCCACCAUCGCAUCUACACCGCCGCCGGCUACCAGUUCUUCUAGCAGUGAUGAGGUUUCUCCAUCUUCGUUGAAACGGCGUCGUGAAGAGGAUGAAGAGAACGUUUCAUCGUCUCAACGGAAGCACUGUGCGACUUAACGAUGCAGGCUACUGGUAUCCACUCAACAAAAGUGGUUCGUUCAGAAUCCGUGGCGAUUAUUUCCGAGCCGCUGAAGAGAUUACGUCAUCAGCGAGAUGAAGGGGAAUUAAAUCAGGUUGAUUCGUGGGGAUCAUGCAGCCGCCCGAUUUGAUCAAGUUUGUGAUAGUUUUCAAGUUUGACUAGUUCUAACAAUAGCCUCUAGUUGAUGCUUAGAUUUAAUUUUAUAUUAAUGGGAGAAUUCAAUUUGAUUUCUCUCCGGGAAAUCUGAUUCCGAUA